ACAUAAUAAAACACGAAAAUCUAAACUAAAUCCUAUUCCUAUCUGUAUAACUGUAUUAGCAUUAGAAGACCUCUCUCUUGGAAAAUAAAAAUAAAAAAGGAAUCCACCCUAGAUCCCUAAAUAUCUCUCUUUAUUUUCUCGUCACCCAAACUUGACAAAAAUCUCGCUCUCUAGAUUCAGAGCGGUUUCCCUACUCUUCCGUAAUUCGAGUUUGAAGAGAGGAUGAGCGGCGGAGAUUCAAAUCAGCAGCAGCAGCAGCAACAGCAGAUGCUGCAGCAGCAGCAUUGGGCGGCGAUGCAGCAGUACCAGCAAUGGUGGAUGGCGGUGCAGUAUCCGGCCAUGGCUGCGCAGCACCAAAUGAUGUAUAACCCGCAUUACUUGCCAUACUACUCCCCCCAGCAGCAACCGAAGCAGUACCCGCCCAAGCACCGCAAUCAGAUUCAGACUUCCGGCGAGGACAACAAGACAAUCUGGAUUGGAGAUCUCCAGCAGUGGAUGGAUGAGGAUUAUCUCCACUCCUGCUUUUCUCCAACCGGAGAGGUCCUUUCUGUAAAGAUAAUUCGUAAUAGACAGACUGGUCAAUCAGAUAGAUAUGGAUUCAUUGAGUUCAAUUCUCAUGAGGCAGCAGAGAAUGCUCUGCAGAGCUACAAUGGCACCAUGAUGCCCAAUGCAGAUCAACCUUUUCGCUUAAACUGGGCUGCCUUCAGCACUGGUGAUAGGCGCCCUGAAGCUGGUUCUGAUUUGUCUAUAUUUGUUGGAGAUUUAGCAGCUGAUGUUACUGAUGAACAGUUGCAUGAAACCUUUGCUAGUAGGUAUCCAUCUGUCAAAGAUGCAAAAGUGGUGGUUGAUUUAAAUACUGGACGUUCGAAAGGCUAUGGCUUUGUCAGGUUCAAUGAUGAAAAUGAAAAGUCUAGAGCUGUGACUGAAAUGAAUGGUGUUCAAUGCUCUAGUAGGCCUAUGCGAAUUGGUGUAGCAACCCCCAAGAAAUAUUCAUCUCAGCAACAAUAUUAUUCUCAAGGUCAGUCAGAGAAUGAGGCAUCCAGCACAACUAUUUUUGUUGGAGGGCUUGACUCUGAAGUCACUGAUGAUAUGCUCAGAGAGUCUUUUAUUCCAUUUGGUGAGAUUGUCUCUGUGAAAAUACCAGCUGGAAGGGGAUGUGGUUUUGUACAAUAUGCAAAAAGAAGCAAUGCCGAGGAUGCAAUUCACAGAUUAAAUGGGACAGUUAUUGGUAAGCAGAAGGUUCGCCUUUCUUGGGGCCGGAGUUUAAACAACAAGCAGUUGAGAGGGGAUCAUAACCAGUGGAGCCCAAGGCAGGGUUACAAUGGAUACGGUUAUGGUGGUCCGGCCUAUUGGGUGGCUUCUUCAAAUGGUCGUAGGAGCCGCGAACAGUCAGUCAGCUAAUCUCAAUACAACGAUCGCGGUCAAUGUUGUAGUUGAACCAGUUAUCCAGUCAGAGGAGUCUUUUGUUUGUUUGUUUUCUUUCUUUAUUUAAAAAAAAUAACUACAAAUUUGGAUUAAAAAUUUUGGUUUGGAAGAGCUUGCUGGAAUUGGUUAAUUACUCAUUCUUUGUAGGUUUGCAGUGUUAAAUUUAGCUCACUGUGGAUUAUCUGUGGUAUGGUAUAUUAUGAUUUAUGAGA